CCUCCAGAACAUGGCCGACCACCACGAGACCGACGGUGGCACCACCAAAUACGACCUCGUGGCUACGCCCAAGGGUGACGCCAAGGUUGACGUCGCGACGCCGGCCGAGCCGGAGCAAAAGUUCUCGUUCCUCUCGCUGUACCGGUACGGCAACGGGUCGGACGCGGCCUUGAUCGGCGUCGGCCUUCUCAUGUCGAUCGUCAACGGCGGCACGUUCCCGUUUAUGGCGAUCCUCUUUGGCGAUGCGCUCAACGACUUUUCGACCAACAACCAGUCGGCGGUCAACGACACGGCGCUCAACUUUCUCAUCCUUGCGUUCGUGCUGCUGCUCUCGGGCUACGGCUCGUACGCGUGCUUUGCGAUCUCGGCCGAGCGCCAAAUGCGGUCGCUUCGCCGCGAGGUGCUCAAGCACAUCAUGUACCAAGACAUGGCGUGGUACGACCAGCGCGACGCGAGCGAACUCGCCUCGCGCAUCUCGGGCGAUACCGUCAAGAUCAAGGAAGGCAUGGGCGAGAAGCUCGGCGAGGCCUUUCGCUUCAUCUUCCAGUUCAUCGUCGGCUACGCGAUCGGUUUUUACAAGGGCUGGAACCUCUCGCUCGCCAUGUGCGCGGUCAUGCCCAUGUGCGCGGUCUCGCUCACGUGGCUCAUCAAGCGCCUCCGCGAAUCCACGGCCCGGAGUCAGCAAGUCUACGCGGCCGCCGGUGCUGUCGCCGAAGAAACCAUUGGCGCCAUGCGCACGGUCGCGUCACUCAACGGCGAGCCGCGGGCCGUCAAGAAGUACGGCGAGAACGUCCAGAACGCCGAAGUCGAGACGCUCAACCUCGCCAAGUUUGUCUCGUUCUCGAUCGGCUGGUUCUUUAUGAGCAUGUGGCUCACGUACGCGAUCGGCCUCUGGUACGGCGGGUACCUCGUCAAGGACCAGUCGGGCACGGUCAACACGCCCGGCGACGUCUUCUCGGCCUUUUACGGUAUCCUCAUGGGCACCAUGUCGCUCGCGCAGAUCUCGCCCAACAUCUCGGCGGUCGCUUCCGCCAAGGGUGCAGCGGCAGAGCUCUUCAAGAUCCUCGCGCGUCCGUCCAAAAUUGACGCGGCCAACACGGACGGCGUCGUGCCCGACACGUGCUUUGGGACGGUCGAAGCCCGCGAUCUGGUGUUUUCGUACCCAACGCGCCCGGACGACAUUGUCUUGCGCGGCUACUCGCUCACGAUCGAGCAAGGCCAGACGGUCGCGCUCGUCGGGUCGUCUGGCUCGGGCAAGAGCACGCUCGUCGCCCUCCUCGAGCGCUUCUACGAACCCACGAGCGGCCAGAUCCUCCUCGACGGCCGCGACAUCUCGUCGCUCCAGCUCAAGUGGCUUCGGUCGCAGAUCGGUCUUGUGUCCCAGGAGCCCGUCCUCUUUGCGACGACGAUCCUUGAAAACAUUGCGGCCGGCGGCGACAACAUCUCCAAGGACGAGGUGAUCGCGGCCGCGAAGCUCGCCAACGCCCACGACUUUAUCAUGAGUCUGCCGAGCCAGUAUGACACCAUGUGCGGCGAGAAGGGCACGACGUUGUCGGGCGGCCAGAAGCAGCGCGUCGCGAUCGCCCGAGCGCUCGUGCGCCAACCCAAGAUCCUCAUCCUCGACGAAGCCACGUCGGCGCUCGACAACGAGAGCGAGCGCGUCGUGCAGGCGGCGCUCAACGACCUCAUGGAGAAGACCAACAUGACGACGAUCGUGAUUGCGCAUCGGCUCUCGACGAUCCGCAAGGCAGACAAGAUCAUCGUCUUGUCCAAGGGCCUCGUGGUCGAAGAGGGCACGCAUGCGACGCUGAUGGAGAUGGACGACGGGCUGUACCGGACCUUGGUAGAGCUCCAAGACGGCACGGCGUCGACCGACUCGUCGGACACGGACUCGCCGUCGCACGCGGACCGCGUCUCGCUGGCGCUGGAAGUGGCUGAUGUCGAGAAGGCCGAGCUCAUUCGCAAGUACAGCAGCGUGUCGCACCACCACAUCAACUUUGACGCGCUGCCGUCGGCGUCGGUCGAGUCGGAGAUGAAGGAGGUGUCGUUCCGCCAGAUCAUGGAGCUCACCAAGCCGCAGCGCAAGUACCUCAUCGUCGGCUUCCUCGCGUGCUGCAUCCAAGGCUUCUCGAUGCCCGGCGUGGCGCUCAUCAUUUCGAACGUCAUGUCGACGAUGCAGAAGAACUACAAGCUGUACACGGAGACCAAGAAGCCCGAGUACCUCGACACGCUCUACAGCGACGUCCGCGACCAAGCCGUCAUCUUCAUUGGCAUUGCGAUCGCCAUCUUUUUCGUCUCCUACGUCCAGACGUACACGUUCCGCUACAUUGGCGAGAAGCUCACGACGCGCCUUCGCAACAUGCAUUUCCAAGCGCUCAUGCGGCAGGACAUUGGCUUUUUCGACAUGGACGGUCAUACGACCGGCGCCUUGACGACGGACCUCUCGACGCACGCGACCAAGGUCGUCGCGAUCGCCGGCGAGAACCAAUCGCGCAUCGUCCAGACGGUCUUUACCUUCAUUGCCGCCAUGAUCAUCUCGUUUGGCCUUGGCAGCUGGCAGCUCACGCUCGUCAUGCUCUGCGUGCUGCCGCUCAUGGUCAUCGCGACCAUGUUCCGCAGCCAGCAGAUGAAGGGCCAGAAGGUCAGCGACAGCCUCACGCUCUCGGGCUCGGUGGCCACCGAGGCCAUUGUCAACGCCCGGACGGUGACCGCGCUCGGGCUCCAAGAGACCCUCGUCGCCAAGUACGACGAGAUGCUCGAGCAGCCGAUGAAGGAAGGCGUCCGCGAGUCGCACAUCAACGGCAUCAUGAACGGCUUCUCGACCUUUUCGAUGUUUGCCGUCUACGCGCUCGUGUUUUGGUACGGCAACAAGCUCAUCCAAGACGGCGCGAUCACUUUUGAAGAGAUGAUCCGGACGCUCAUGGCCGUCAUGAUGGCCGCUCAAGGCAUGGGCCAAACCGCCGGCUGGAUGGGCGACACCGACUCGGCCAAGAAGGCGGCCAAGGAGAUUUUUGCGAUCGUCGAGCGCCAGCCCAUCAUCGACUCGUCCAAGGUCGACGAAGGUAUCACGCCCAACUCGGUCGAAGGCCGGAUUGUCUUCAAGGACGUCCACUUCCACUACCCGACCCGGCCCAACAUUAAGGUGCUCAAGCACUACGACCUUACGAUCGAGCCGGGUCAGACGGUCGCCUUUUGCGGUCCCAGUGGCGGCGGCAAGAGCACGGUCGUGGCGCUCCUCGAGCGCUUUUACCAGCAACAAGCCGGCUCCAUCACGCUCGACGGCCGCGAACUCGCGACGCUCAACCUCCCGUGGCUGCGCAACCAGAUCGGUCUCGUCGGCCAAGAGCCCGUCUUGUUUGUCGGCACGAUCGCCGAAAACAUUGCCGGCGGCCUCGCCAACGCCGACAACGUCCCGGACCUCCAAGCACGCGUCGAAGCGGCCGCCAAGAUGGCGAACGCACAUAACUUCAUCUCGCAGUUUCCCGACGGCUACGAGACGCAAGUGGGCUUGAAGGGCGAGCAGCUCUCGGGCGGCCAGAAGCAGCGCAUUGCGAUCGCGCGCGCCAUCAUGAAGAACCCGUCGAUUUUGCUCUUGGACGAAGCCACGUCGGCGCUCGACUCGGAGAGCGAGAAGGUCGUCCAAGAAGCGUUGGACAAGCUGCUGGCGGCGAAGGGCCGGACGACGAUCGUGAUCGCGCACCGCCUCUCGACGAUCCGGAACGCCGACAAGAUCUGCGUCGUGAGCGGCGGGCGCAUCGCCGAGCAAGGCACGCACGACGAGCUCAUGCGCCUCAACGGCAUCUACACGCACCUCGCGUCGCACAACCAGAUUUAAGUUGCACCACGACAUGUCGUCUUGGCGAUGCGUUCUUAUUGUUAAUCAAAGACAGAAUUUGC